UAUUUAACGUUAUUCAUCGCAAACCUCCAAUUAUUUUGGUCGUAAAAUACUAAAUUCUAUUAUGUAAACUUACUUUUUUAUUAAAAAUAUUAUAGGUAGUGAAGUUUUAUUUAAUUUUAAAUUAAGCUACACAUUAACUAUAUUUUUAUUGAUUUUUUUGAUUUUUUAAUAAAAUGGAAACGAAAAUUAUUGUUGAACAACUUGAAGAUAAACAACAAAUUGUAACAUAUAAAUAUUUAACUGAAAAAUUAGAUAUUCAUCCAAAUAAAGCAAAACAAUUGUUAAAAGAUUAUGUUUCUAAACUUACUGAUGAUCACAAAUACUCUAUCACCGUUGCUAUUGGGGGGACACUUAAAGAAAAUGAUGAGUUUUGUAUUGUAUUGGCGUAUGAUGAUCAUGUUGAAACUAUGCACCGUCGUUUUAAACAAAUUGAUUUUGAACAUGUGUAUAGUAUUCAACCUAUUAACAGAUUUGAUGAUAUGAAUAAUGCUUUAUACAUAGUGGACAAUUCACUAAAUAAUGUAAAUUUACCCUCAAGUAUUAAAAGGAAAGAAAUAGGAAAUGAUUCAAUGCCAGAACAAAGAGACGUAAUUGAAAUGGAAAUUAAUUUACCUUUAACCAAACAGACAAACUUGUCCCCUAAUCAAGUUCAAAAUCAUAAAAAUGAAACAACUGCAGACACAAAAUUAGAUAAAACACAGAAAGAGAAAAAUGGAUUGGAUUUCUUUGCUAAAAAUAAUAACACCAAUAAUACAAAACCGGAAGAAAUAGAAAAAAAAGUUAUUCCAAAAAAAACCAAUUCAAAUUUCUUUACAAAAUUCAAGAAUUCCAAUAAAAAUACAUGCGUAACAAAUGAUUCUGCUGAUUCUAAAAAUAAAGUUUCAACAGAAAACAUUACAAAAAAAGAUAUUAAGAUAAUUGAUUUAGAGCCACCUAAAAAUGUCCAAGACAAUGAUUCAACCAGUGUACAUCAAGAAAAAAAUCAAAAAAAAGAAAAGAAAAAAAAAGAAAAUGUAAACAAAAGUAAAAGUAAAAAUAGUCAUAAAGUUAAAAGAAAACGUAUUCAAACUUUUGAGAGUUCAGAUGAAGAAAUAGAUAGCGAAGAAGAAGAUAUGAAAAGAUCUGAACAUGUCCCGGAUAGUGAGGAUGAUGUUGAUUUUGUACAGCCUACUCCUCCACGCCCAACACCAAGAGAAAAUCGAAAAAAAGAGAAACAAAUGACAACAUCCACAUUUAUAGAUGAUGAUGGUUUUGUCCAUACUACUAAAGAAGUAAAAAUUGUGGAAACUGAAUGUGUAUCACUUUUGGAAUCUAUUGGAAAUGACAAUAAUUCUGAAUCUAAAGAAUUAAAUAUUGAACCAGUCAUCAAAAAAAUUAAAAUUUCGGAAUCAGAUUCUGCAGAUAAGAAAAAGAACAAAAAUAAAAAAUCUAAAAAUAGUUCUAGCCAAGGCAUGAAACAAUCUUCAUUAACAAGUUUUUUUAAAACAAAAUAAAUAAUGUAAUAUUACAACAUUUUAAGAAAUACACAAGUAUUAACAUAUAAAUUAAAUAAUUUUUAUGUACCACCAGUUUAAUAAAAUUUAUAAAUACAUAAUAUGAAGUAAUAUUAA